AUGACGCUUACAAAGGAAGAAGAAACUCUUUGGAAUUCGAUUCCCCAAAAGGUGAAGCAGCCGGAACUCAAUCAGACCGGAUAUCCGGGAUACACAACGAAAUCUGAGGAGUCUGCAUUGGAACAGUUAAGGAUGAUUUUAGAGGCUGAAGGAUACACCGAGCGGUUAGAUGAUUCGACUCUGUUGAGAUUUUUGAGAGCCCGGAAGUUUGAUGUGAUGUUAUCCAAGAAGAUGUUUGUUGAGUGUGAGAAAUGGAGACGAGAGUUCGGUACGAACACUAUUUUGGACGAUUUCAAGUAUGUGGAGAAGCCCAAGGUGGCCAGGUUUUACCCACAGUAUUACCACAAGACGGACAAAGAUGGACGUCCAUGUUACUAUGAGGAGCUCGGUGCUGUGAACAUUCCAGAAAUGUACAAAAUCACCAACCAGGACCGAAUGUUAAAGAACCUUGUAUUUGAAUACGAGUCGUUUGCCAAGCACAGACUUACUGCAUGCUCUCGUCAGGCCCAUUUCUUGGUUGAGACUUCAUGUACUGUGUUGGAUUUAAAAGGAAUCUCUGUUUCGUCCAUCUACCAGGUUAUUGGCUACGUUAGAGCUGCCUCUAACGUCGGCCAGAACUUCUAUCCGGAGAGAAUGGGUAGGUUCUACCUAAUCAACGCUCCCUUUGGAUUCCCUACUGCCUUCCGUAUAUUCAAGCCCUUUUUGGAUCCUGUCACCAUCUCGAAAAUCUCUAUUUUGGGUUCUGACUACCAAGCUGAGUUGCUAAAGCAGAUUCCUGCAGAGAAUUUACCUUCCAAGUUUGGUGGCAAGAGUGAAGUUAGUGACUCCGACGGUGGCCUCUAUUUGAGUGACAUAGGUCCUUGGAGAGACCCUAAAUACAUUGGCCCUGAAGGACCUGCUCCUCAGCCUAUCAUCCAUUAG